UCUUUUUACUGGGAAAGGUAGUAAUUAUACAACUAUUUGUGUGAUUAUUAAUGUCUUCCAAGAGCUCCCAAACUCUAAACCCCUUGAUUAUUUUUUGUUCAUUUUCAUAGUCCUAGCCUCACUUUUCCAUGGCAAGUAGAAAGCACUCAGAAAAAAACACAACGGGUAAGGAAGAACUGGCCAGAAGGAAUAAAACCCUAGAAGCUGGAAAGAGAGCCCGCGUAGGGCAUCAUCACGUCGCUCCAGGAGCCCCGCCCCAAAGGCGGAGGCACGCCCACCUGGCCUUCGGCGGUCACGUGGGACGCAGCUGGGAGCUGCGGGGGAAGCUGGGCCAAGAUGGCGACAAUGAGGAAGGUGCUGCCGCGGAGACUGGUGGGCUUGGCGUCUCUCCGGGCUGUUGCUGCUGGAGCCAAGGAGGUGACCGUCUUCGGAGCUGCCUCAGAGCUGUUCACCAAGAAGAACACCAAUUGCUCCAUCGAUGAGAGCUUACAGCGGUCCGACGAAAUCCUGAGGGCAGCUCGGGCCGCCGGUAUCCCCGUGCGCGGGUAUGUCUCCUGUGUGCUCGGAUGUCCCUAUGAAGGGAAGAUCUCCCCGGCUAAAGUAGCUGAGGUCACCAAGAAGAUGUACUCGAUGGGCUGCUACGAGAUCUCCCUGGGGGACACCAUCGGUGUGGGCACCCCUGGGAUCAUGAAGGACAUGCUGUCGGCUGUCAUGCACGAGGUGCCCGUGGCUGCCCUGGCUGUCCACUGCCAUGACACCUACGGCCAGGCCCUGGCCAACACUUUGAUGGCCCUGCAGAUGGGAGUGAGUGUCGUGGACUCUUCUGUGGCAGGACUUGGAGGCUGUCCCUAUGCACAGGGGGCAUCCGGAAACUUGGCCACUGAGGACCUUGUCUACAUGCUGUCUGGCUUGGGCAUUCACACGGGUGUGAACCUCCAGAAGCUCCUGGAAGCUGGGACCUUUAUCUGCCAAGCCCUGAACAGAAAAACCAGCUCCAAAGUGGCUCAGGCUACCUGUAAACUGUAAGCCCCUUUGGGGGACUCAGUGGGAAUAGGGGCUCACGUGAAUGAUUUGGGGAAAGGGCACAUGGAAAUGGGAAUGAAAUUAACAGGAGUGGGCACCUCCCUGGCAGGUCCACACAUAGGUCUCCUGCAAAAGGGAGGCAAGGGACAGGAGCUGCUUGGCCUCAGGCCCUCCCUGCCGGACCCUAGUCUGAGUGAGAAGCCUGGGGGGCUGCGGGUCUCCCUGCCCUAUGGACCCACUGGCCCAGGAGCUGAAUGCCUGGGGUCCCCCUGGGAACCCAGUUCCCUGGUGCUCAGGCCCCAUCUCUGGAUGAAAUCUGUCAGCUAGCUACACAGCCUGACCUGCUGUGGCUCCGGGGCCGUCGCUGACUCCACAGAGCAAAGCGGCCUGGAGUUUUUCCCCAAGCUGGCGAGGGCAUUUGGAAGGGGUGACGGCUGAGCUGUCUUGGUGACCACCUGCUGCCUGCAGCGUCUUUGGAAAAUGUGCCCUCUGAACAUGAUUUUUGAACACAGCUUAUGUAAUUAAAGGUUUAACGACAUAAAAGCACGUGCCAGUAU